ACUGUAACUAUGUGUGUAAAAUAUAUACUAGUAUAUAAUAUACUGUACUAUACUCACUAGCAUUAUGUUAAUGAAAGGCCAAUAUACAUUUUAUAAGAUGUAUUAUUGCUUAAAAGAAUGUGGAACAUGUUGUUACUGUAAUAGUGGCUUUUAUAAAAUUAAACACUUUUAUUGGUCUUUUAUUAACAGUGUCUAAGGCACAUUGGUAAGUGCUCUGUUGGUAUGACAUGGUAAUUCAGUACUACAAUAUUGCAUAUAGUUCUUGAGCUUUUAUUGCUAAGCAGAGUUUUGUGGUAACUAUGUAAGUGGCCCAUCAGCCUGGUAUCAUCCCCAAUUCCCUAUCCAAUGUCCUGUUCGGUCACAGAAAACUGCAGAAGAGAUCAGAGGUUCUGUCUUCCUGCCACUCAGAGCCAAAGAACACCUCUAGCUUCUUGCUUGAUGGUCCAUGGGAUGAGGAGACAGAAUCACAAAAGGCCAUGGAGCCUCACAAAUUCAUGAGGGAGGUAGUUACCAAAGGUAAUGAGCAGGUCCAAAUCUACAAACUGGCUGGCUACCAGAGGGACUGAUUUCUGAACUUUUUCUAAGUAUGGCUUGCAGAAGAAUAGGAGGCCAUGGACACACUCUCUCUUCAGCUUCCUCCAUUAACUGUGUAAAAGCCCUAGCAACUGGAAUUCGAACACAUAGUAUAUGCAUGGUGUCUGAUUUUUUUUAUCCAAAUAUGGGAGGAGUGGAAAGUCACAUCUACCAGCUGUCACAUUGCUUGAUUGAAAGAGGGCACAAAGUUAUAAUUGUCACCCAUGCUUAUGGAAACCGAAAAGGCAUUCGUUACCUCGCCAAUGGUCUGAAAGUUUAUUACUUACCUUUGAAGGUCAUGUACAAUCAGUCUACAGCAACAACGCUCUUCCACAGUCUGCCUCUGCUCAGGUACAUAUUUGUGCGGGAGAGAGUCACCAUAGUCCAUUCCCAUAGUUCAUUUUCUUCCAUGGCUCAUGAUGCACUUUUCCAUGCCAAGACAAUGGGACUACAGACAGUUUUUACAGACCAUUCUCUCUUUGGAUUUGCUGAUGUCAGUUCGGUGCUUACAAACAAACUUCUAACUGUUUCACUGUGUGAUACAAACCACAUCGUUUGUGUCUCUUACACUAGCAAGGAAAACACUGUACUAAGAGCAGCACUGAAUCCUGAGAUCGUAUCUGUCAUCCCUAAUGCUGUUGAUCCCACCGACUUCACUCCAGACCCAAGUAGGAGGGAUGAUAGUACGAUAACAGUUGUUGUUGUCAGCAGGCUUGUUUACAGAAAAGGUAUAGAUUUGCUUAGUGGUAUAAUUCCUGAACUUUGUCAGAAAUAUCCAGAUUUACAUUUCUUAGUUGGAGGAGAAGGACCAAAGCGAAUCGUUUUGGAAGAGGUACGGGAAAGAUACCAACUACAUGACAGAGUGCGUCUUUUAGGGGCUUUGGAACACCAGGAUGUUAGAAAUGUCUUGGUCCAGGGACACAUUUUUCUCAAUACUUCUCUCACUGAAGCCUUCUGUAUGGCAAUUGUGGAAGCAGCCAGUUGUGGUUUACAGGUGGUGAGUACAAGAGUUGGUGGAAUCCCUGAGGUGCUACCAGAAAAUCUUAUCAUCUUAUGUGAGCCCUCAGUGAAAUCUCUGUGUGAUGGUCUGGAAAAAGCUGUUGCCCAGCUCAGGUCAGGAACACUACCAAGGCCAGAAACUAUCCAUAACAAAGUAAAGACAUUCUAUACAUGGAGAAACGUUGCAGAGAGAACUGCAAAAGUGUAUGACAGAGUUGCAGAUGAAGUGGUAUUACCAAUGGACAAGCGGCUUGACAGACUAAUAUCUCGCUGUGGCUCAGUGACUGGGUGUAUUUUUGCUCUUUUUGCUGUAUUAAGCUUCCUUUUCCUGGUAUUUCUGAGAUGGAUGACUCCAGAUUCUAUUAUUGAUGUUGCAGUAAAUGCCACAGGUCCUAGUGGAGCAUGGACUCAACAGUAUUUUCCUAGUAAAAAAGGAAGCGAGAAAGAAGAGAUUCCAGAUUGUUAAAAAUGUUUUAAGUGGGGAGGAAGGGCAUUGCUCUCUAAAAGGUUUUAGUAUUUGCUGAUAGAAUUAAUUCCACAAAGAGACAUUGUUUUUAAACUCUUAAAAGCUUUCCUAAAUUGUCAGAAAGAAACUUGGUAAAAUGUGCUACCUCAAGUUAGGAUUGUGCCAAUUAGUUGUGGGGAAAGACUUAAACAUAUGCAGUUUAUGGACAUAGUUCUUUUGCACUUACUUAAAGUAGGGAGGAAAGUGGCAAUAUGCACAGCUCAGGUGUAAAACUACCUUCAGAGUGACAAGAAUACUAGAUUUCAUCUGCUACUAGUGUAUUACACAGAGAAUAAGCAUGGGUUUGUCAUGGCACCCAGGGUGCCAAAACACAAAAUUAACUAGCUUUAGAUGGUUUUUUGCCAACUCCAGAUAUUUGUAUUGAUUUAUUGGAGACCUGAGAAGAUUUGGCAAAAUAAAAAUACCUACCCAAAUCCAUCAAAAAGUGAUAUGUGAAAUCACUUCUAUAAAAACAAGCACAUUACCAUGUAGACUUUCAACAUUUGACGUACUGCUAGCCAGCUCUUGUCCAACCAACUGUGUCCCUUAGACAGACACUUCUGGCUGCACAAAACUAAUUUUGAAAGGGUUCUUCAAUGUUCUGCCUAAAUGUGAUCAGUAUCUCUCUGAUCUAUCAAAACCCCAUUAUAGAAUUUUUUUUGAUAUUUUAGGAAAUGCUAAAUACUGCCUAUUUCAUUCUUACAUGUAAACGUAACGUUUUGUUUUUUUUAAAGUACUUUUUUUACUUCCUUUUUAAAGUGGAAGUGAGGGAAUUAUAUUAUUUUUAGAAACCAGCAUAAUGCAAAGGCACAAGUUUCCAAGAAUAGCUCAGGCCUGCCAACUUCUCCAGUAGACCGUGCCAAAAUGUAUGGUAACAUCUGUUUUUGUGAGAGAUGUAGAUAAACGUCCACUAAGGGCUAGACAAAGACUACCAAUGUUUUUCAUUUAUGACAUCAGUUGUAUUUGACUUCAUCUUCAAAAGAGAAAAUGUUAAACAGUUGUCAUGCCACCUAGCCUGCACCAAAGAUAUUCUUAAAUGAAUCCAGCAAGUUAAGUCUUUUUUUCUGGAAAAAGUUAAUGGAUCUGGCCAAUAGAUUUGCACACUCCCUGUGAGGUGAGAAAUGUGGUCCCUUGCAGUUGUUGGUUCUAUAGCCCUAAUCUAAGUAGUCUACACCUAUAUCAAUCAGAAAAACAACUUUGAACACAUAAGAUGAGAAGAGAUGAUAUUUCACAUUCCUGUAAAGCCACUCUCACAAGAUGUUAUUUGUUGUAUGCACUGGAUUAAUGUCUUGCUCUUCCAUUGCUUUAAACUGAAAGGGUUUAACGAAUCGGUGCACAAUGAAACGCCCAAUCAUGUAACUGUAUUCUGGAUGUGCAAUAUGCAAGGUUAUGUUUUCAGAACUUUGCAGGAUAACUUAAAACAUGCAACCAGUCAAUGUUUUGUACAAACAUCUUGUAAAAUUUAAGUUUAUUUUGCUGUGUUGGGGUGCAAAGGUGAUAACAUUAUUUUUAUUAUUUUACUAAAUCUGUUUAACAGUAUUUUAAUAAAGCACUGAUGUGAUUAUGAGAGACACACUGUUUACAAAGUCUAAGAUUUAGUUUCUUCUGUUAGAAAAAAUGCUCAGCUCUAGAUAUUUAACAUACAGUAAACAUAGUAUACAUUUGAACAUUUUUUUUAAAUGUUAAGAAAAAAGUAGAGAUUAAAUAUAGUAGUACUAAUAGAGCUUGAUAUAGUGGGUAGAUUUGUAGGUAACACUUCACUGAGAAUUUCAUAAUUUUUAAAAUCUGGUGCAUUAUUUUUUGUAAACAGAAUUUCUAAAAAAUCACUGAAAUUUCAGCUUAAUUUUACAAUAAGUAGUUUUGAAAUGUUAUGUUGAUUUCAAUUUUCUUUUGGAACUUUUCUGUUUUGAUUGCUGAAAGUAUAAUGGAACUUAUGUAAAGCGUACCGAACUCAAAUGUGGAGUAGAAGGAGAACUACAUAUAAUAUUCUUUCUUGUGCCAGAGUAUUACACUCUUCUGACUAAUACAAUAAGGCCUUCUCAUAGUCUUGUAUAAUUUUACAGGUUACCUAAAUCUUCUGUACCUUGCAGUAAAGCAUCUUUAGUUAUAAUAUGCAUACCCAAACACUAGCAACAUAUAUGGAAACCUACUACACUGAUGCUGCUGCUUACUAUUCUAGCAUUGUAAAUAGAACUUUCUAUGGUAAAUAACAUAUAAAAGAAAAGGGUUUUGGUGUGUUGCAAAUGAAGUUUAAUCUGACUGGCUUAACUACAGAUGUACUGUAUCUCAAACAGUGUAGUUUAUAAUAUCCUUCGUUUGCUCUAUAGUUUUAUAUCCAUAGAUCCCUCUGCUCAUUUCCUCUUUUCAAACACUUGACACCUUGACCCUGUCAAUGUAUCCAUGAAUAGUUCCACUGAACUCAGUAGGAUUACUCUCCUACGUAAAGUUACUCAUAUACGUAAGUGUUUGCAGAUCUGGAGCCUAAAAUUGCGGUGUGCAAAUUAGAUGAGUAAAAGUGGGCAGGAUGAAGUCAUUGUCGAGCUAUGCUGAAAGAGGGACAAGAGACACUUGAUAUGGUUUUAAUUAGGCUACAACUAUUAUUAGAUGUCUGUGACUACCCAGCAGAUAAAAGUGUACAGUGCAGAUAACCCCAUAUUCAUUCACUAUCUACCCAGGGACUUCCUCUAGCUCCGCUCCCUUUUUUUUUUUCCCCAUCCAGGACCCCCAGUCAGCCCAUUGGUGGGACUUUACCAUCUCUUCCCCCUAGCCCGAAUGAGGGUUAAGGUGAGCUAUAAGAAAUGGGGGUUGGCUCCAUGCUAUACCAGUCAUAGGAGCCCCAUUCAGAGAGACACCCUCCCCACCCCUCCUGGUUCCACUCCUUUAACCAAAGCCUCCUUUUUAAGUCCCUUACCAAGCCAUUUAUCUGGUCACGGUACCUUUCCUAGGGAGUACCUGCACUGGACAAGUAUACAAGUUAGAUGAGUAAAGUGGUCAGGUUAGUGUCACUCCUUUCACAGUCAGUGAGUGAUUCAGAAGACAGCAGUGGGGGAAAAAUGGGAAAAGGAGAGGAGGUAGAGAGCUAUUGAAUAGCAUAUUUGUGGGACUGACGGAGGCAUGGAAUACUUGAGGAACAAAGUACAGAAAGCCAUGCAGAGUUCAUGGGUAAAUGUAGUAUAAUAGUAAACAAAUCAUACUUUUUAAAAAAAAAUCUGAAGAUACAAUUGUGAAAUGUGUUUUCCACUUUCACAAAUAACAUCCAUGAAGUGUUACCAAACAGUGAAUCAAACCAACUGAAGAAAUAAUGUGUCUUAAAUAGAGCAAAGUCUGAAACAGACCUUUUGAAUUAAAGAUUACAGAAGACAUUUCCCUCUUGAUGGAGCGGGUCAUCUUGAAAACUUGAGUGGUUUGACCUACUUCCUUAUUUCAAAGAUGGUGGAAAUCUUAAAUUGAUUUGCAUUCUAUAGCAUGUGAGACCUUGCCUCUUGUGCCUAGACACUCUGUACAGCCACUGAACAAACAUUACAGCAUGUUGAUAACGUAAAAUAACCUCCUGUUAAAAUCAGAACAAGUAUCAAGUGAAGUAUGACUGCCUUCUUAUUGUAUGAUAUUCAAAUGCUUUUUAAGGGUCUGGAUAGAUCCAUAAAGGUAUAUCAAAUUGUAAUGUUUAAUCAUUUUUGUGGUUAAGGCAUUCUGUAUAAUUUUAAUAUAAAUUUAUUUUCCUUUUGGUA